AUGGCUGGCCUCCCCGAAGAGGAGGAUUCCGCCUCUGAUGGCGAGAAAGAAGACCAGGGGUCGCCGCUGCGGGAUCAACGGCCGCCGCCGGAGCCCCCUCGGGAAGCGGAAGAGGCCGCCCCGGAGCUCUCUGUGGAGACUGAUGAGCACUUCGGUGAGGAGGAGUCGGAGAAGCCCUUGGGUGCCGUCCCACAGGUCUCCUCGAACUCCCGGCUGUCGCUGUCGGAAGCGAUUUUCAAGGACUCGGAGGAAGACCAUUCUACAGAUGCCACGCGGGGAGUUUCCGAAGAGGUAGAGCAGGAAACGUUGAGAGAUGUGGGAGGUGGGAUUUCCGACGGCCAGGCAGUUUCAGGGGCUGACAAACGUGAGCAGGUCGACCCAGGACCUUAUGAAGCAGAACCGCAUGAAGCAGAGGACGUGAUCGUGGAAUCCCUUAAGAAAUCAGAUCAAGAGCUACCAGAGGACACUGAGGUUCGGGGACCCAAAAUCAGUGAGCUAAGUGUAGGGUUUCCAGGGGAGGCUCAAGAGGUAUCACUUGCAGAACAGCGUGAUAGUGUCAAGCCAGAACAUGUAGAGCAGACCGAACCAGAAUUCCUGAGUAGGGAAUUAAGAAAAUUCACGGAAAGCACAAAUCUACAGCCACCAGAGCUGACCAAACCUGAUGUUCUCGGGGAGACACAAAGCAAAUCACCUGAGGAAGACAGGACAGAACCUUCUGAGCAGGUCAAACCAGAGCUUCCAGAAGAGGAACCAAGAAAGUAUACUGAAGAGGCAGCUCAGGAACUUCUGGAAGAGACUAAAGCAGAGACCUCAGAGGAGAUAUGGGGAAAAUCAGCCAAGGAGUCAAAGACAGAACCAUCUGAGCAGACUAUAGCAGAGUUUCCAGAGGAGACACAGAGAAAAUCAUCUGAGGAGUCAGGGAGAGAAUUAUCUGAGCAGGUAAAACCAGAACUUCCAGGAGAGGAACCAAGAAAGCCUACUGAGGAGGCAGCUCAAAAGCUUCUGGAAGAAACUACAGCAGAGACCCCAGAGGAGACACAGAGAAAACCAGCCGAGAAGUUGGGAACAGAGCUAUUUGAGCAGGUCAAACCUGAGUUUCCAGAGGAGAGAAAAAGAAAAUCAACUGUGGAGUUAGAGACAGAACCAUCUGAACAGACUAAAGCAGAGUUCCCAGAGGAAAAACAGAGAGCAACAACUGAGGAGUUAGGGACAGAACCAUCUGAGCAGACUAAACCAGAGUUUCGAGAGGAGAGACAGAGAAAAUCAGAUGAGGUGUUAGGGACAGAAGCAUCAGAACAUACUGUAGCAGAGUUUCCAGAGGAGACACAGAGAAAAUCACCUGAUUAUAAAAGAACAGAAUCAUCUAAGCAGGUCAUACCAGAGUUUUCAGGAGAGAAACCAAGAAAAUCUAUUGGGGAGGCGGAACCACCUGAGCAAACUAAAGCAGAGUUUCCAGAGGAGACACAGAGAGAAUCACCUGAGUACAAAAAGACAGAACCAUCUGAGCAGGUCAUACCAGAGUUUUCAGAAGAGAAACCAAGAAAAUCUAUUGGGGAAGCGGAACCACCUGAGCAGACUAAAGCAGAGUUUCCAGAGAAGAUCCAGAGAAAAUCAGAUGAGGAGUUAGGAACAGAACCAUCUGAGCAGGUCAUACCAGGGUUUACAGAAGAGAAACCAAGAAAAUUUAUUGGGGAGGCAGAACCACCUGAGCAAACUAAAGCAGAGUUUCCAGAGAAGAUCCAGAGAAAACCAGGUGAGGAGUUAGAAACAGAACCAUCUGAGCAGGUCAUACCAGGGUUUUCAGAAGAGAAACCAAGAAAAUCUAUUGGGGAGGCGGAACCACCUGAGCAAACUAAAGCAGAGUUUCCAGAGAAGAUCCAGAGAAAAUCAGGUGAGGAGUUAGGAACAGAACCAUCUGAGCAGGUCAUACCAGGGUUUUCAGAAGAGAAACCAAGAAAAUCUAUUGGGGAGGCGGAACCACCUGAGCAAACUAAAGCAGAGUUUCCAGAGAAGAUCCAGAGAAAAUCAGGUAAGGAGUUAGGAACAGAACCAUCUGAGCAGGUCAUACCAGGGUUUUCAGAAGAGAAACCAAGAAAAUCUAUUGGGGAGGUGGAACGGCCUGAGCAGACUAAAGCAGAGUUUCCAGAGGAGAUCCAGAGAAAACCAGGUGAGGAGUUAGGAACAGAACCAUCUGAGCAGGUCAAACCAAAGUUUCCAGAAGAGGAAGCAAGAAAGUCUCUAGACUUUCAAGAACCUCAGGAGGAGGCCAAAGCAAAGACCCCAGAGGAAAAACAGAGAAAAUCAACUGAGGAGAUAAGAACAAUACCACAUGACCUGGUCAAACCAGAGUUUUCAGAAGAGAGAAAAAGAAAAUCAAUUGAGUCAGGAACGGGACCAUCUAAGCAGACUAAAGUAGAGUUCCCAGAGAAUAAACCAAGUCUGUCUACUGAGGAUACACAAAGAAAGUCAACAGAGGAGAAAGUUCCAGAUUUGCUAGAAAAGACAAAAUCAAAGUUUUCUAAGGAAAAAACAAGAAAAUCAAUUGAGGAAACAGAUCUCAAGUCAUCAGAAAAUAUCAAAUCAGAAGUUCAAGAGGAAACAGAAAGAACACUAACUGCAGAGAAAGUUCUAGCAUCACUAGAGGACAUUAGACCAACAGAUCAAAAGUAUGAGGCUAGGAAAUUAUCUGAAGAUGUAGCAGUAGGUCUUGUACAAGAGUUUAAUCCAGAGGAGUUACUGACACAGCUAAGGAAGGAAGUAGGUGAAAGGCCAUUAGGACAGACUAAAUUAGAAGAAUCAGCUGAGGUUAUAAGUCAGGUGUCCCCUCAAAGGAACGAACUAGAGAUCCAAGAGUCAGAAACAGAUACAACUCAGAAAACAGAGUUACUGUAUAAAGUCCUAUCACAAGUUAAAAGAGAGAAAUUUAUAGACCACAAAAAGGAGCAGAGAGAAGCAAAUAAAUUUAAGUAUUAUGCAAAGGUUAGACUGGAGCAACUCCGCAGAAGAAAGAUCUCGAUCAAGGAUUAUCCAAGAUAUUCAAGAGGCUCUGACAUUACGGAAUCUCGUACUCCUGAAGGUUCGUUAUCUCUACAGCAGGACUUUUAUCCAGAUCUCCAAAACUUGACUGUGCUCAGCGAUUCCGGCCAAGGCUCACUACAGAGUGAGGACUCUGAGGAGAGUUUCAGAGAAUCCUCUGCUGUGUCCCCAGGGCCAGAGGAACUGAAAUCUGAAUCAAGUACUGAGGGACCAGAAGGAUUUCUGAAAUGGAGUCCGGAGAAUGUUGCAGUGUGGAUUAGCCAGCUGGGCUUUCCUCAAUACAAGGAGUGUUUUACCACAAACUUCAUCAGUGGACGAAAACUCAUCCAUGUAAACUGCUCAAACCUCCCUCAGAUGGGAGUAACAGAUUUUGAGGACAUGAAGGUAAUUUCUCAGCACAUACGGGAGCUACUGGGAAUUGAAGAGCCAUUAUUCCGCCGCAGCAUCAGGUUUCCCUACAGGGACAAUGUUGGCUUAUUUUUAGAGCGAAAAGCUCACAGCGGGGAACAUUCUGAUUCCUUGACCUUAUCUAAAUUUGUGGAAAAAGCAAGAUUACAAGAUUAUGCUGUCACAAUAAGUGACCAUGUAAAAGUAGGGAACAGGCACUGAACCAUUGUCAGAAAAACUUCACAAACUGAAAAGAUCAAAUUUGCAGGGAUUGUAGAAUUGGGGGUUCCCCCCCCUUUUCCCUUUUCCAUUAGGGAUGAGUUAGAAUUGCCUCAUUCUCUCACUGAUUCACAAUCUUCCCUGAUUGGUUCUUCUACCAAUCAUUAACUCAGGUAGACUGAUAGAGGAAAACUAAUGACUUUGAAGUCUAACUCAUUCUGCCACACCUAGCUCAUACUCUACUGUGGUUUUUCUUGGGAGUAGUUCUCUUCCGGGAACAAGUUCUCUAAAUUAUUUUAAGCAGUUAAAGGGAAGGUCGGAAUGUUCUUCCUGCGUCUUUGUAACAUUGACUGUCUUGAGAUAGAAAUAUCCUCUGUGUUUAAAUGGGGCAGCCUGCCCUGAACCACACCGUUCUUUGUGUUCUGUUUCAUCCCUCAUUAAAGUAAAGACCACAGAGCUUCUUUAUCUGGGCUGUUGUCAGAAUUCCUGAUAGAUUCUAGCGAUGCAUAACUUGGGAACGAGUACAUUUAAGGAACUAGAAUUAAAAGUAAACCUGCCAGCACAAAUAAUCCCCUCCGCAAAUCCAGGGGCAGAGAGGUAAUGUUUUAUUAUUGAUUGAGCAUUAAAUCAGUAUUCAGUGCAUGUCAGAGGCAGAUUGCUAACAAGAUUGCAGAGACAGGAACUCUAUAUCACACAGCCUUCAGUCUUCAUUCUGCUGCAUCCCUGUUAAUUGUCUAUAUUCAUGGACAAACAGAACUUCUCAUAUUGCUGAGACAAACAGGACAUUACUACCUAGAGCCAUACGCUUAGGCUCAACUCCCAUGGAGCCAGGGAGAUGAGGUGUCACCCCCUCCAUUAUGCUCACAUUCCAAAGAGGGCUCCAGGGUCCCCCCCAGAAAGACAUUCUCAGAUGUGAGACUCACUUGAGGUUUAUUUAACAUUUUUGUUCCACUUAACCACUUACAGUUCAAAAAUAGAGAAGAGAUCAGCACUUAUGUUUUUUAAAGGGAAAAAAAAUGCUCUUUGAAAGGAGGGGCUGCCAAAAGGGAAGAGAAAGUCAAA